AUGCGCAAAAUUAUUAUCCCCAGUUAGACACUAUUGGAUACUAUGAGCGGUGGUGUCUACGGUGGUGAUGAGGUCGGCGCCAUUAUUUUUGACGUCGGACAUCAGAGUCUUCGAGUUGGAUAUGGUGGUGAAGAUAGUCCGAAAGCUGAAAUUCCAACGAGUCUUGGGGUAUGGGAGGACGCCCACGACAAUGUUGAUUCAACUCAAUCAGCCAAAAAACGAUACAACAUCGAUGUUACCGCAAUUCAAGUGCGACGAAAAGACAUGGAGAUAGUUAAUAUGAUGAAGGAUGGAAUGAUUGACGAUUGGGAUAUGUUUGAACGCUUAGCUGAAUAUACAUACAAGCAAAGACUCCACGCCUUACCUGAACAUCAUCCGAUACUUAUGUCUGAAAGUCCUUGGAAUACUCAAGCGAAGCGAGAGAAACUUUUAGAGCUUAUGUUUGAAAAGUUCAACGUUCCAGCAAUGUAUAUUUGCAAAAACGCCGUCCUUGCUGCUUAUGCAAAUGGAAGAUCCACUGCGAUGGUAGUAGACAGUGGAGCAACACAUACAAGUGCUGUACCUGUUCAUGAUGGAUAUGUUAUUACCCAAGGUAUCGUAAAAAGUCCUCUUGGUGGAGAUUUCAUUACAAUGCAAUGCAGACAAUACUUUGAAGAAAAAAAUAUUGAACUCGUACCAGCUUGUAUGGUGGCUAGCAAAGAUGUUGUCCGAGAAAGAGAUCCUCCGCGUUGGACCAAAAAACCAGGACCUCAGCCAACCACUUCAUGGCUCAAUUAUAUGGUUCGAGAGGUUCUCCAAGAUUUCCAAAUGAAUUGCUUACAAGUCUCAGAUUCUCCAUAUGAUGAAGAUGUAGCCAAUUCUUUACCUCUAAAACAUUUUGAAUUUCCAACUGGAUAUAAUGAUGACUUUAGUUCAGUUAGACUGAUGAUUCCUGAAGCUUUGUUUGAUCCAAGCAAUGUUAAAGGUGUUGGAGCUAGUAUUCUUGGUGUAGGUCCAUUAGUUACCACUAGUGUGGGAAUGUGUGAUAUGGAUAUAAGGCCUAGUUUGUAUGGAAGUGUAGUUGUCACAGGCGGAAACACAUGUCUUCAAGGUUUUAGUGAUCGACUAAAUAGAGAUUUAGCCAGUAAAACACCACCGAGUAUGAGGCUGAAAAUAAUCAGUGCCAAUAGUCCAAGUGAACGUCGUUUUGGAGCGUGGAUUGGUGGCUCAAUACUAAGCUCUUUAGGAUCAUUCCAACAAAUGUGGCUCUCUCGUCAAGAAUAUGAAGAAUCGGGUAAAGUCAUACUUGAUAAAUGUAAUUAAUUAUCAACAAAAAAAAACCUCAAACGUAAUUUUAAAUUUUAUCGACAAUGAACAUGAUGAUCUCAUCGUUAAU